AGUUGCUUCCGGAGUUAGUUAGAGAUGUUUUCUUCCGUUCCGUUGCUUUCUUUGUAUCUAUCCUCUCUUUUCAUACAAUGCGUUGCCGGAGGGCAUUAGCCUCCUCGAUACAGGCCAAGAUUGGCAAAGGCUACCGUCUGAUUUCCGUCGAAGAGACCCCUGACGAUGGCUUUGCGGACUACCUUCAAAUCAAGCAGAAGAACAAUGUCUACGGCCCUGAUAUUUCUCAUCUGAGGCUCUUCGUCAAGGAGCGGCCGCCCCUAUUGAAGCAAGCCAUCGCGAGAUCAAGAGAAGAACCCGAUGACAGUCUUAGACUCUUAGUGCUGCCCGGUCCCGAGCUCAUUUGGGUUUGCGGUGAGAAGGAAGUCAAACGGGCAGCUUCUUUUCAAUCCGCCGCCGAUCAUCCGACCCGUUUGGUGAAAUGGUAUUCAACGACCAGUAACUUGAAAUUUCCACCAAAUUGCCCAAAGACACCUCGCUCUACGGCCUCCGGAGAGAACACGCAACUGCACGGAAUCAGGCUGUAUUACACAUUGUGCACCAAUGAUAUGUCCGUCAUUAAUUAACCUCAACACCGAUUUGUACUGGUCCUUCCGGUGUACAUGGACCUGAGGAAUGUCGCUGCGAGGCGUACGCCCACGCUGUUCUGUUGUUGAACACCAAUGGCAUGGUGCAUCGAUGUGUUCUACAGCGGAACCUCAUCGACAUAUAAGGUGAUUCAGGGUGUUUUCGACUUUUAAUUUCUUGCAGGACCAACACCCCCUCGGCGUUGUUGAUCGGUACACAACCUUCAUCGGCAGACGGGCGCCCACGCCCUACUGGGC